UCCUACUCGUUGAUCUAAAAGAACAGAUGCAUCCCUGGCGCACUUGAUUGCCCCCCUCCUCCUUCGUUUCGUCCCAAACCCCAUCGAUUUGGGAUCAAAUCUUUCUCUGUUUCUCUCUCUGCCUUGGUCUCGGAGCAGCUUUGCUUUCACUUUCCUCACAGUUAUUAAAGCAUGUCGCUUCCUAAUGAAGACAGUACGUCUUCAACUUCUGAUGCACAGCUUAAUAAUAUUUUUGGGGAUCUACUCGAUUCCAUUAUUGUUGAUGUUGCAUCUGAGUGUCACCGAAUAGCAAAGUUGGGACUUGAUCGUAAUUUUGAAGAAGAGGAAGAAGAAAUGAGGCUUUCAGCCCAAGCACGGGUAAGGGUAGCUGAUCCUAGUAAUAGUAGUGAAGCAAAUGGCAAGUACCUGGUUGACAUAUUUGGACAGACUCAUCCUCCUGUAGCCAAUGAAAUAUUUGAGUGCAUGAAUUGUGGUCGAACUAUCAUGGCCGGAAGAUUUGCUCCUCAUUUGGAGAAGUGUAUGGGAAAGGGUAGAAAGGCUCGUCUGAAGGUGACAAGAAGUAGCACGGCUGCACAGACUCGACAUACACGAGGCAACCCUGGUUCCACAUACUCCAAUUAUUCAAAUUCCAACAGCACAAGCCGGCUACCAAAUGGAACAUCAAGUGCUGGAGGUGAGGAGUACUCGAAUGGUGCACUGGAAGAGUCAUGAAUCAAAUUUCAGCCCUGGUGUUCUCUACAAGUUACUGGGAAGUGGUGCAUGUUGUAUAUCUUCAUAGGUUCCUAUGUCUGUGGAAAGGGAAGGUGAAUUUUGAGUAUGCUUCUAGCAUUCACAGAUAAUCUGACUGGAGAUUUAGUCAUAAUCUGACCACAAUAGUUCUUUUGAGUAUGAAGAACACCUUGUAUACAAUAUGCCUCUCCUGUCCACGGAUAACUUGAAUGAUAUUUCAGAGAAUCUUAUGGAAGUUGAUUCUGUCUUCAAAUUUUUA